AUGGCAAAACCAAGUUUAGCUGAUAGUAGGACUAGAAGAUCUGUGCAGAUCUUUAUAGUCGCCGGUUUGUGUUGUUUCUUCUACGUAUUGGGCUCGUGGCAGCAAAGUGGUUUCGGAAAGGGAGAUGGUUUGGCUUUGGAGAUUACUAAGAAAGGUGUUGCAUGUGAUAUAGUUCCGAAUUUAAGUUUUGAUUCUCAUCAUAGUGGAGAAGUUAGCAAAAUUGAUGGGGUUGAUUCAAAACCUAAGGUAUUUAAACCUUGUAAAGCUCGAUAUGCUGAUUACACGCCCUGCCAUGAUCAAAAGCGAGCCAUGACUUUUUCCAGGGAUAACAUGAUUUAUCGAGAGAGGCAUUGCCCCCGUGAGGAAGAGAAGUUACAUUGUUUGAUCCCUGCACCAAAAGGGUAUGUAACACCGUUUCCAUGGCCGAAGAGCCGUGAUUAUGUUCCGUAUGCGAAUGCACCUUACAAGAGUCUUACAGUUGAGAAGGCUAUUCAGAACUGGAUCCAAUAUGAGGGAAAUGUGUUUAGGUUCCCGGGUGGUGGAACCCAAUUCCCUCAAGGGGCUGACAAAUAUAUUGAUCAAAUUGCUUCUGUGAUACCGAUAGAGAAUGGAACAGUCAGGACAGCAUUGGACACUGGUUGUGGGGUUGCUAGUUGGGGGGCAUAUCUUUGGAGCAGAAAUGUUAUUGCCAUGUCAUUUGCACCAAGAGACUCUCAUGAAGCACAAGUACAAUUUGCACUUGAAAGGGGUGUACCUGCCGUUAUUGGUGUCCUAGGAACCAUAAAACUGCCUUAUCCCUCUGCAGCCUUUGAUAUGGCGCAUUGUUCUCGUUGCUUAAUUCCUUGGGGAUCAAAUGGUGGAAUUUAUAUGAUGGAAGUUGACCGAGUUCUAAGACCUGGUGGUUAUUGGGUGCUUUCGGGGCCUCCAAUCCAUUGGAAGGUUCAUUACAAAGCUUGGCAAAGACCUAAGGAGGAUCUCGAGGAAGAACAAAGAAAGAUUGAAGAGGUUGCUAAGCUCCUUUGCUGGGAGAAGAAAUCCGAGGAACAUGAGAUUGGUGUCUGGCAGAAAACUAUUGACUCUGAAACAUGUCGAAGCAGACAAGAAGAUUCUGGUGUAAAAUUCUGUGAAUCAACCGAUGCUGAUGAUGCUUGGAAUAAGAAAAUGGAGGCAUGUGUUACUCGUAAUCCGAAAGUCCACGGAGAUCUCAAGCCUUUUCCACAGAGACUUUAUGCCGUCCCUCCUAAAAUUGCCAGUGGCUCUGUUCCUGGAAUUUCUGCUGAAACAUAUCAUGAUGAUAACAAAAACUGGAAAAAACAUGUAACUGCUUACAAGAAAAUAAAUAAACUCUUGGACUCUGGAAGGUAUCGCAAUAUCAUGGAUAUGAAUGCUGGUUUGGGUAGUUUCGCUGCUGCGAUUCAAUCUCCUAAGCUAUGGGUUAUGAACGUUAUUCCUACUAUAGCUGACAAACAUACUCUGGGUGUUAUAUAUCAGCGAGGACUUAUAGGCAUUUAUCAUGAUUGGUGUGAAGCUUUCUCCACAUAUCCCAGGACAUACGACCUCAUUCAUAGCAAUGGUCUCUUUAGUCUGUACAAAGACAAAUGUAACAUAGAAGACAUUCUUCUGGAGAUGGACCGUAUUUUACGACCAGAAGGUGCUGUGAUAUUCCGCGAUGAAGUCGAUAUCUUAAUCAAGGUAAAGAAAAUUGUUGGAGGAAUGAGAUGGAAUACUAAAUUGGUUGACCAUGAGGACGGGCCACUUGUUCCAGAAAAGAUACUAAUUGCUGUUAAGCAGUAUUGGGUUGCUGAUACGAAUGCCACAUCAACAGAGUAA